CAGUUACGUGCUUUUGAAAUGUUGGUGCUGAAAUCACAAAAUCAAUACAAAAAAGAAGAAGAAACCCCGUAAAAACGAGCUUGACAGGGCUCGACGUUUUAGCUUGACAUCAGGCUUACGUCAGUCUGAUUCGUCGAGCUCCAGCUCGUAUAUUCGAAGCCCGACAGCUUGACGCAAACGGUGCAGAAUCGUUUGACAUCAGACUGACCGUCAGUCUUACAUCAGUCUGAUGUCAAGCUCUGUAAGACUGACCGUAAGACUGAUGUCAGGCUUACGUCAAGCUUAUGAAAUGCACUGGGUUAUAACAGAACAGGAGAUACCUACACACUAUACGGAGAUAUAUAUACAUUAUCUCUUAAUGAUGUCGUCAUCUUUGUUAAAUUUAGAGGUAUAAAAAGAAGCCUCUGUUUUCCUGCCCAUUCGCACCACUCUUUGCCUAUGCGCUCGAUGGAGAAAAAACAGGUUUAGACAACAUGAACCAAAACUCGGAAUGGCCACCAAAUUUCCAUAACUACUGAGGGGAGAUUUUUGUUACUGUUGUUCACCUGUAGUUUGUAUUGGUUACGAAAGAUUUAAUUUCUAGGAAUAAUACAACUGACAACUAAUCGCACAAAGUUCAUUGGAACAACAUUUUGAAAUUACCCAAUACUACGAAAUUCCUCAAGUUUUUCAUUUGCCUUGAAUAAACUCUAAAAGUUUUCGGUGUUAAGAAAUUGAAUUUAAAAAUACAUUUGUGGGAGAUAAAGAGAGAGAUAAUAUUUGUUUUAAUAAAAUAUAUAGGGGAAAUUACCUAUUCUCGGCCGUUUUGUUCUCUUCGUCUUUGUGGGUUUUUUGAAACCUAUUGAACUCAGAGUUGGUCUCAAAUCCUUCCCAACUAUGCUGAGUUAUAUGGUCAAGUUUCACGCCAUUUUGCUGACAAAAACCCCCCAUGACGAAGAGAACAAACCUGCCGAUAAUACCCAUUGUCACCCUAUAUCAUUGCAAGCAAAACAUCUAGAGCAGUUAAUCACUAAAGUAGGAAAUGGGAUUUUACAAAACGUAACCUCGCUUUCAAUACUAGAUUUCUAUAUUUUGAGAAAUUUCAAUUUACAAAAUCAAAAAACAUAUUUAAGCGUAUAAGGCAGCAUCCAUUUAUUACGUAACGCUAAAAUCGACAUUUUUUACCCCCCCCCCCCCUCCCCUCUCCGUAACGCUAUUUUGUAUGAAAACCUUAAAUUUUUUGUAUGGGCCGUAACGCUCAGCCGUACUCCAACCCCCCUCCCCCUAGAGCGUUAGGUAAUUUGUGGACGGCGCCUAAUUUAUAACCAAAUAUAUGCGGCAACCAUGUUUGGCGCGACGCGUGAUUGUAUCAGAUCUGUGAAAACUUUUGCGAGGUACGGUCGUUUGGUGCGUGGCAGAACACAAAACAGAUUGGUGGAUUAAGUCGAUUGUGAUUUGGGCACUAUUAAGUUUAUCGAAUAAAAUGACAUCCUCAUCGCGGGAUGUUAUAGAUCCGGAAACUAUAAGCCUUGUGGCGUACGAAAGCAGUAUCAAGUCUGGAACUCACGGCGAAGUUUACCAAAAGCAACUGGCUCUAGUACUAUUGCUAAGGCUGACACGAGAAGGGAAGAACUUCCGCUUAGCUUAUGAACUGACAUCCGCGGAUAAGUUUGAUGACGUGGUGCUGUACGAUAAAACAGCCAAACAAUGGAUUUUUCUACAAUCGAAACAUGCCGACGGCAAAGAAUCGAAGAUAGAUCUCAAUGGCUUGCUACCAAAAACGAAUCGAGAGAAAGGAGAUUUCAGUUUGUACAAAUAUUUCACUUCGUACAUGAUAAUUCGAAAUAGAUUCAAAGGCAAAACCAACUUUGUGUUGUUCACCAACAAAAGACUGGAUGAAAAGUUGACGACAGCAGAGGAUUGCUUGACGAUCCAGGAUCGAUAUGUAGAUGAAUAUCUUCGCUUCACAUCAAAAGGUGCAUCCCAAAAAUUACUCAUACCGACUGAAUCAACAAUACAAUCAAUCAUGGAAUAUACCAAUAAAGAUUUGUAUUCCCUGAAAGACGCCAUCAAGCAACUUUUCACCAAAGGUAUCAUUACAGAUCAGCUUCUAAAGUACAAGGUAUAUUUGAAAAACGUUUUGACGGAGUCGGAAAACUGUCAAGUAAGAUUCACAAAUACCUUCAACGACUCACUGAUUUUCAUAUCUGAACUGUACAGAAGGCUUCAAUCAGAGAUACAUAAUUUUAAACCUAUUGUAAAACCACCAGAACUCGAUGUCAAAGAAAUAGAAUAUGGUUCUAUAAAUUUGUCGUCAGAGGAGUUCAAACAUCUAGCUGAUGCCAUCGAAAAUCUUUUUCGUGGCGGAAUUGUAUCUGAUUAUUUGAAAAAGUACGAAGAUCUUCUAGCUCUGAUCCUGACAACGACUGUACAUGGCCAGCUAGCAUUCAAAGAUACAUUUAAAAGUGAUGUAGUCUCUAAAGCUGAAUUGUAUAAAAUGUUGAAGACUGAAUUGAGUGAUAUGAAUACAGUGAUAACAUUGAAGAAGAAACUGUUUGAUGGAAAGGAUUUACGGAACAAACAACAUUCAGUAUUAUUUUAUGCGGAGGCAUCUGAUGUGAGACAAUUCUUCACGCUACUCACAUUAUCUGUGCAUCAACCAGAAGAAUUGGAGCCCUUCAUCGUCGAGGAGUUGCACUCUUGGAUGAAAACGUGGCUGCGACCUGACGUUUUAGGUAAGCUAACCGAAUACGAUGAUAAAAAUGCUGUAAAGGAUUUGGAUGACCAUUUUGAAGCAACGCUGAAACGCGAGCAAGGAAAUUCCAAACCAUAUUUAAAUUACCAAUAUGUAUCGCAGUAUUGCAACAAGUUGCGGUCAAGAAUUACUGAAUUGUACCCAGAAUUGAAUGAUACGACUCAGUUAUAUAUUAACAGGGUGCUUAAAUGUGAAAAGGAGGAUAUCAAUGAGCCACAAUAUUCACAAGUUUCUCAAUUUGAUAGAAACUUCAAAUCUGAGCUAAGCCUUAAUUUAGAUGAAUUGUUUUCCGCCGAUGACAAUGCUUCAGAUAAUGAACAUGGAAUGGACGAUAGAGUAUCUCUAUCUGACAAAACUUGCGCGGAAAUGACAGAUAGUGAAUUUGCAGCAAAUCUGAAGGUAAAGUUUGCACAGUAUCAGUGUUUAGUUUUAACGGCGGACCCAGGGAUAGGUAAAACUGAACUUCUUCAAUACCUUGCCCUUGAACAUCAAAAACUGAUGUCAGGAACUGUUUACCUGUUUUACUUAAACAGACUACAAGAUUCUAAGGAAGCUUUCGGCAAAGAAGCAUCAUUGAAUAUCCUCAAAUCUGUGUUAUCUGACAAGAAUAUUAGGUUGAUACAGAAUGCUUUGGAAAAUAUAUCUAAUGGUCACAUUACAAUACUGUUUGAUGGAUAUGACGAAAUAUAUAAGAAAAAUAUUAACAAAAUAAAUAGACUGUUGGAAUUAUUGUUCGCAUCAAAACAAAUUCAGAUUGUUAUAAGUGUAAGAAAUCAUGAGAAAAUGGCAUUGCAAAGCUUCUUCAAGAAGCACAAGAUUAAUGUCCGAUACUUUUCUUUGGAGCCAUUUAACAACGAAAAUAUUAUUGAAUACCUUGCACAGUCUUGGAAAGAAAAGGUAGAGAGUGAUAUCAAUUUCAAAUUUUAUUCAUAUUCCAAAUUCUUGGCUGAGAAAUUUCAUAGCUUUUGCAGAGUGCCAUUGAUGGUUAAAAUGAUGUCGAAAAUAUACAAACAGCGUUUUGAGCAAUUCAAAGAAACUAGUAUGAUCGAUGGAGAGGAUGAAAUUAGCUAUUUAGAAAAAGAGUUUUUAGAAGUGGAACAUAUUUACGAAAUUUUCAUAGAAAAAUGUUUACUAGUAAAGAUAGAGGAUGCAUGCCAUGGCAUUGGGCAGGUCGAUCCGAACAAACAAAUUUUUGAUGGAUUUUAUCUUGACCAUCAACUGCUAGCUAUAGAAUUUCUUGAUGUUGGUGAGCUUAAACUUAUCUUCAACAAUCCAAAAUAUAUUAAAAAAUGGAACUGCAUUCAAAAAAAUCAUUAUAACCAGUUUGAAAAAUCUAUUCUAUUGAAUUUUGUUAACGGUAAAGUUUUUUUUCUCAUCAUUCGUAUGCUGAGUAUUUUGUUGCGACCUUCCUGUGGGAUGAUUUUAUCUACUUGAAAAACAUUGUCAAAAAUGUUUUGUCUUGUUUUGCAGGAAUAAGAAAGUUUUUUAUGAAAAUAAUCGAAAAAAACAUCGAAUUGUUCGUAUCCAAAAUCUCCCAAGAAACGUCUUUUGUCACAAAAAGUGUUGUUUUCUGGGCCUGUGAAAGUAAUGCAGUAGAGUUGUUGAAAUAUUUGCUAUCAACAAAAUUUCUGGUUAGGCCAAAGGAGGCCAAAAUGCUUCAUAUUGCCAUUGAAAACGGCAGUGACAAAAUAUGUUCUUAUUUGGUCGAUGAAUGUAAAGUGCAUCCCGAUGUUAAGUAUGGGGGUGGUCUAGUUCCUUUACAUUCGGCAAUAAUACACGGACAUAUAAAUAUAGUCAAGAUUCUGUUAGGAAACGGAGCUGACAUCAAUAUUCAAAACACAGAAGGAUGGUCAGCUCUACAUUAUGCAGUCUAUCACAAACGAAUUGCGAUUGCUACAUUCUUGAUCGAUAGAGGUAUUGACGUGCACUGUCUAGACAAAUAUAAAGUAAAUGCACUUGUCCUUUCCUAUGGUGAUUCUGAUAUGACGAAAAUGUUAAUACAAAAAGGCGCAAAGCGCGGUACCCAAUUACCCCGCAAAUUGGAGUUUUCUUUAUUCGACACUUCUUAAUUCGUACCCCGACUAUUCGACAUUUCGACAAUGACUUUUCAUAAGGGCCUAACUGACUUGAUCGAUUUCUCUUCGUCGACUCUCUCUUUCGCUAAUAACUUGAUCAAAACAAACAAAAUAAUUAUUCUUUUUGUUUCUAUUGGCGAUUUGAUGUUGCAUGAAGAAGAAGAAGAAGAAGAAAAGCGAUGAUGUUUUGUAAAAUCCCUAUCCCAAUAACACAGGGGAAGAUUUUAAAAUGCCUCUAUAAAAUAUAAAACAAAAUCCAAUUAAAAAUGGUUUGAUGUACGGUGUUAGACUUUUGACGGACUACAUAUUGAACGUAUAAGUUUAAAUUCAACAUUUUUUCUUGAUAAGGUACUUAAUUUGUAUUCAUUUGACAUCUUAAAUCAGUUUCGUACCUUUUAAUGCCACCCUAUUUUGCUUAUCGUUUGACAGAUACGCGUAUUUCGACUACCAAUAGUGGUAAUCACGUUCAAAUGUAUGCGUGCCUUUUUUGUAGAUGUAGUUGUGAAACUGUGAGGAAAACAUUUGCACUCCUACCCCGGAUGUUAGUUUUAUCAUUAUUUACCCGUUUUACACAAUUCGAUUGGGUAAUAUUUCCAUAUGCAAUCUGAAUAGCCUUUGAAUUUGCGUGCAUUUUUGUGUCUAGUCUAGUCUAGUCUAGUCUACACAUACACAGCCAUUCAUUGAAAGAAUCCUGGAAAAUGAUAGAAUCGACUACUUCUACCAUUUUUCUUGUCAUUAUCAAUACUUGCAAGGCAUCGGAGAUGUAUUACAAGUAUUGAAGCGGCCAGGCCUACUGUGCAGCGUUAUUGAAUACAAUUGAACAGAACUAUGGAACGGCGACAUCUCGUCAGCCGCUCUGUAUCGUAUGUGUAAUAGAUGUGAAGCAAAAACGUUGGGAGUGACGUUGCUAAGAAAGUUAAUGUCACUCCGUUGGGGCUCCUCUUCUUCCUGGGAUGGGACAAAGGUAUUUAUGGUAUUAACUGCUUAUGUCCUGGCUCGAAAGCCUAGGUUUAAGCGCCAUUGCUCGCUCUCUGAAACGAGAAGAAAAUAUAACGAUCCCUUCCCCGACUGGAUUAAAUACCCUGUAUUAUUAACCGACAAACUACUUAAAACCAUAACUGCGAGUCUAUUAUGGAAUCGGUAAAAGUUUCCACGAUUUUAUCUAAAGUUUAGACAGUAUUUUGUUAUAAAUAUUUGGUAGGAAUUCUCAUAAGGGUGGUGGGGGUAAGUGGACAGGUGGGGUAAAAUGCACAGGGUACAGUUUCAUGGCUUUUAUUGUUUUUCAAAAUGUUUUACCGAUUGAAGCUUAUGCCUAAGCAUGAAUUAUUAUACUUUUGCUGAUCUUGAACAUUAAAAUGAAACAAACCUCUUCAAAAUGACAAAAACUUAAAAAAAAAAUCACGUGAAAAAUCGGAAAUGAUGUAAAAUCUGCAUAUUAUUGCUGAGGUUUUCUCGUUCGUAAGUUAUUUUCAAAUUAUUACAAGUUUUACACCCUACGCCGAUAAAGUCCACGUAGAUAAAUAUAUUUGACCGAAAAAAAAAUUAAAAAUAAUAAUGGGGGUAAAAUAAUAAUGGGGGUAAAAUAGACAAUCGGUUCAAAUUUCACUAAAAUUUCAUAAUUUUUUUUGUAAACUCCAGAAUCAUCAGCCGUCAUACAUAUCGUGAGAUAGUUGAAGUAAAAAGUUAUAAAAAAAUAUUUUCCAUCAACAAAAUAUAAUUUUCAUCCAAAAAGAGUGCUUGUUUUUUACACUAUAUUUACAAUAAUUUUUUAAGUGUGUUUCAAAGUUUGUAUUAAAAGUUUAAAAACAACAAAAUAAAGGUAUCGUAUGAAAUUUGAUAGUUUGUACCGUGGGUGCACAGUUAUGGAUCACACACGGUUACGGAUCAAUUCGAUGUUUACGGUCAAAUGUCGCCUAACUGCACAGCAUGACAUAAAAUAGCAUAGUCUUCAUAGCAUAAUCACUAUACUAUGCCACGCCAUGCCAUGCUAAGCUGCAACAUACGAUCGUAAACAUUUAAUUAAUCCGUAACCGUGUGUGAUCCAUAACUGUGUAACCACGGUAUUUAAAAACAAACUGUUAUAUAACUUUUAACAACUUGUUCAUUUUACCCCAUCGAUUGUCCAUUUUACCCCCACCGAUUUUUUCCACGCUAUUUUGAUGAGUUUCACACGAUAAACCACUCCAUUGACGAACAGCACUCACCUGACCCGAGAACUCCGACACCAGAUCGGAACCGCCUCCAUUCAGUAUUGGAAGAUUCUGAUUGAAAACGGCCCCGCUCCGGUGUCAGAGCCCCCGGGUCGGGUGAAUGCUGAUGAAUGCUGUUCGUCGAUGCACAAGUCAAGACAAGUUCAUACCGUCUGCACGCAAAGAAAGGAAAAAGGGACGCCAGAACGCACUCCAAUCUAAAGUAGCUCCCCCGAACUGCUUUUUCCAAUUCCAUAAACCAACCGCAAAUAAGAAAGAAAAACAGCACAUCUUUAACACAAAAUAUUUAAGCCUUUAAAUGGAAUUCGCUCACCCGGGAAAUGUAUCAAUAGAAUCGUCUGCCUUCUCAAUGUCGGUCAUCCAAUUCGACUACGUGUCAAAGCGGUCGGCGCUGCUGCUUGCUCCAUCGAUGCUUUCCCCAUCUUUACCAACUGCCACUCCACUUCAUGAUGGGGAACAACUUUGUUUUGGUAACACAUUUUCCAAUAAUUACGCUACACAAUUCAAGAACUCAUUUUCUAUUCACAAGUAACAAAAACAGAAAAACUUUUAAAAACAAGAAAAUGCGGACGCGAAAAAAAAAUGACAGCAUAAAAUUUUAGAACGUCCGCGCGCGCUCACAGACUGCUGCGAUCCUGAAUUUGCGUGCAUUUUUGUGUGAGGAAAAACUCGCGCUAGUGUUCGUGUGUUGAAAUGUUACUUAUCUCUAUUGUAAUCUUCCUCAGUGUCAGUCCUGUGACUGGAUAACUGACACUGAGGAAGAUUACAAGUGGUAGUCGAAAUACGCGUAUCUGUCAAAGGAUAAGCAAAAUAGGGCGGAAUUAAAAGGUACGAAACUGAUUACACUCAUUCGAAGAGGGUAUUCUGCUUAGAGGGUUCGAAAAGUCGGCACAAGAUCUUAAAUCAGCUGAUUUUUCGGAUCUAUGACAGUUCUUCUACAUGGAGUCACAGAGAACAGACGAACAUGCUCGAACAAAAUUGCUUGAAAAUCUUGUGUAAAGAAAAAACAAGCUCAGUAGCGACAUCGACGGUGACUUUCCCACUCAAAAACUAGUUUCGACACCAUGAUGGCGCAUUCUGAAGAAAUAUUUCACUAGCGCACCUUUAAAUUUUCCUGCUCAGAUUCUGAGCUGUAUUUGCUUAAAUAACAAGAUGUUUAAGAUUAUUUCACUAAUCCAGCAACAAAAUUUGAGCAACCCAUUGAUAAUAAGUUUCAUUAUUUUCAAUAAGAAACAAGUUGAACAAGAAUUCAAUUAAUGUUUUCCAAGUAAAACCAACACAUUCUCUAGGUGGAACUAUACUAGGGUGCACACUUGGUGACACUAGCGCCAAAAGGUAAAACGGUAAAUUUGUACCCCGAUUCGAAAUUUGACAGCGCCGCAUAAUGGCCACAUUCCCAGUUAUUUCAAAACAACCGUUGCAAUGCUUUACACAACUGCACUACAUGAGCUUGGACGUCUGUUCUCUGUGGUGUUACCAUCUGUUGUUUAACCUUUGUAAACAAAUGCAUACACGGACAUGUCACAUGAAAAGGCCUAUUGUGCUUAUACUCACACUCACAACAGUUUCUCUUGCAGCCACUUCUUUCGGAAGUUCAGAGUUGUUGCUAUCCGACACCCGAACCACUUGGAGAGUAACCAAAAGCCAUCAAUUGUAGAAAAAAAUGGACUUUUCAUUCGCACUAUCACAAUGUCUUUUAGAUUUGUGUUCAAUGAGUCAUUUUACGAACGCGUAUCAUACGCACGCGCUAUUCACUUUUUUUUAAAUAUACAUUCAUUAACCUCCAUUUAUUGCACCCAAUCUCUCGGGUACCUCCAGGGGUAUCUCCUACUAUAACGCAGAAAAAUAAAUUGUAAACACAAUGAGGGAUGGGAACACUCACUUGCAGAGAGUUACACUCACUCGCAAUUUUCUCAGCUCAGAAGUGUGCAAUCAAGAAACGAUGUAUGGACGACUUUUGCAUUGUGCUUUUUUUCUAAAACUUUGCCGAAUAGAGUAGGGGUCGCACACGCAUACCAAAGUCGUGUCAGAGUUGUUAAAGCGACUCUCCACGAGGUGAGGAGUUGCCUUCGCAGCUCCCUCACGUCUUCGGUAUGCGUGUGCGACCGCUACUCUAUUCGGCAAAGUUUUAGAUAAAACCACAAUGCAAAAGUCGUCCAUACAUCGUUUCUUGAUUGCACGCUUCUGAGCUGCGAAAAGUGAGUGCAAGUGAGUGUAACUUUAUGCAAGUGAGUGUUCCCAUCCUUGUACACAAUUAAAUUCUAGUUCAAAUCAACCGAUUUUUCAGUUUGCUAUAGCAUCGAACUGAUUUCUAGCUUAAAAUGAACUGUUCUAUUAUUUGAUAAUACAAAUAUUUUCAUUUGUCGAAAUUUUUGACAGUUUGUUAGACCAAACCAGGGGAAGCGACACUACUUUUGCCAAGCCGAAAACCCCCAAAAAAAGUCGAAAAAAGACGAAAAAAGCCCGAAAAUACCUGCGUAAACUUUUGCGGGUUUCAGCGACUUUUUUGAUCUUUUUUCGGCUUUUGGCUUGGCAAAACUAGUGUCGCUCUCCCUGGACCAAACUGAGAUUUGGUAGUUUCAGCAUAAAAUAAUGGAUUGUUUUAAACGACUGCACUUUUGCCGCUAACUCAGCCGGGAUGUGAUUGUAUGACGGGCUUGGUGGUCUAGUGGCUACCGCUUCCGAUUUAUAUGCAGAAGGUCCUGGGUUCAAUCCCUGGCCCGUCCCUUUCCUCCUACUUUGUAUCUUUCUA